AUGAGUUCUACGUGGCGAAACAUCAACACUAUCAACGGCCUUGAAGGAAGACUUUUCCUUGGGACUGUCGAGGCGGCAAGAUCCCCCCGUUCCUUAUCAGACCGGCGUAUCACCCACAUACUUUCCCUUGGUACCGAGCCCAUCCCCGCAGAUGACCCGACCUCCGGCUACAGGCACCUGCGCAUUGCCGUCGAGGAUGUCGAUCACGCCGAUCUCCUCAUACACCUUCCCCGAGCAUGCCAGUUCAUCCACGAAGCGCUGAGCAACAAUGGCAUUGUGCUCGUGCAUUGCGUUCUUGGGCUGUCUCGUAGCGCUAUGGUUGUGGCCGCUUACUUGAUGUAUUCUAGGAGAAUUAGGCCUGCGGAUGCCAUCGAAGAGAUUAGAAAGACUCGAGAGCAAAUUUGGAUUAAUCCGGGUUUCCAUCAGCAGCUCGUUCUCUUCGAGCUCUGUCAAUACCGGCCGUCCCCCAGCGAUGGGAUUUACAUCAACUGGCGACGACAGAUCGAGCGUUCUCUUCAAAGCAAGCACUGA